AUAAUUUUAAAAUAAACUAUGCAUGGAUGAAGAAAAUACAUUGUACCACUCUUUUAAUUGAUACAAUUGUUAAAUAUCUAAAAAGAAAUUGUUGAUCAGAACUAGCAAUAUAACUGACAAGCUAUCCUAAAAUCUGCUGGAAAACAUCUGGAAGGAAUCCGAAAGUUUAGGAUAUCUUAUCGUGUUCAUUUAAAGAAGGAUGGGUACUCUCGCCAGGAUAUUAAUUGUUCUACUCACAGUCCAAUGUUUACUGCUGUUACAUAUUGAAUGUAGAAAACGUAAGAACAAAAACAGCGGGACAGAAACCAACUUUGAUCAAGAAGUAAAGCCGGGGCAGUUUACUUGUCAAAAAUGUGGAAGGUCUUUCAAGACGCAGGGGAGUCUUCAACAGCAUAUAAGGGAUAAGGGUCAUGAGCUAUCAGACUCUCAAAAGAGUGAAAACAAUCUUCCAAAAGAGCCUGUACAAAACAAUGAACCAAAACGAGCUAAGUUACAGAAGACAGAAACCAACUUUGAUCAAGAAGUAAAGCCGGGGCAGUUUACUUGUCAAAAAUGUGGAAGGUCUUUCAAGACGCAGGGGAGUCUUCAACAGCAUAUAAGGGAUAAGGGUCAUGAGCUAUCAGACUCUCAAAAGAGUGAAAACAAUCUUCCAAAAGAGCCAGUACAAAACAAUGAACCAAAACGAGCUAAGUUACAGAAGACAGAAACCAACUUUGAUCAAGAAGUAAAGCCGGGGCAGUUUACUUGUCAAAAAUGUGGAAGGUCUUUCAAGACGCAGGGGAGUCUUCAACAACAUAUAAGGGAUAAGGGUCAUGAGCUAUCAGACUCUCAAAAGAGUGAAAACAAUCUUCCAAAAGAGCCAGUACAAAACAUUGAACCAAAACGAGCUAAGUUACAAAGAAGUAACAGUAUUGAUAGAGAUGACAGGGUUGAUUCAACAAAGGAACGCCGUAGAUCAAUCAGCGAGAUGGAGAAAGACGAAAUAGCUAUAGAUAAGAAUGAGAAAAAGAAUGCCAAUGACGAAUACUCGUAUGUUAUGAAGAAGAUCAUAAACCACGUGCGUACAUACAGUAAGGGAGAUAUUUACUCUGCAGACAUUCAUUUAGCAGGCAGUAACUCGGUUAAAACGAAAGUAGGGAGUGCGGAUGAGGUUGAUACCAAUAUAAAACUCAAAAUAGACGUCGAAGAUGUUCUUACUGAUACAACAUUGACGUACAUCUACGAGGAUAAGAAAACGUUUAAUGACAAACGGUCAGUCCCACGAGAAAUGACACCGGAUCGUAAAUUUAGAGAUAUACCUGAGACGCCUAUUCCACAUGGUCAAGCUGUUGUUAAAGUAAAGAACCCUUCAUUAUUAUAUAAUCUGACAUACAAGGGCGACUUGAUUCCACAUAAAGUACUGCAAGAUCUCCAUUCAAAGGUGGGAAAAGCUAUUGAAGACCUCGAAUUUUCACACGUUAAACUAUCUCCAACAGCACAAGGACCAGCACUAACUAUAACCAUAAAACAAGAGAAGUAUAGCGACAUCAGUGUAGACAUCGUACCGUCUUUACCGUGUUCCCUUCCAGUAGACAUUCAUGGUUGGCCAAGAAAAGACUCUAAGAGCGCAUUCAAUAAGAAAGUUGAAUCUGCUAAGAAGGCUGGACUGCACUUAGUACCUAAAGGCGACGAGACAUGGACCAUUUCCUAUUCCAAGGCUGAAAAAGCCCUUUUAGAUGGUGUUGAUGAUAAUAAUGAAUAUAGACGUGGUGCUAUGAAGCUACUGAAGCAGUUUUUGCAGAACUGCAAAGAGGAUUCACCCAGCAAAUUACCGGGAUUGUCAUCCUACAUAGUGAAGAUUCAAAUACUUUGGUCAAGCGAGAGACGGAGAUCACCUGGGUAUUGGUCAGCAAAAUACAAGGACCGGAUUUUACUUGAUGUAAUAGAUGAUAUGGUGGAAUCUUUGGAAUCUGGAAUAUUACCGGAGUAUUUUGAUGUAGAAAUAAAUAUCCUAGCUACCAAAAAUAAAUCCGAGCUUCAUCACUUUGCAGAGUGUCUUAAGAAAGAAAAGAAGAAAAUAGAAAUGGCACAGAGGGAUGAAUUGUAUAUUUGUGUUGUGUUUUUUUAUUCCUCCAUGGUCCACAUAGUCGAUUGGUUCAGGUCUUUGACUUGAAUCAGUUUUAAUCUC